AUGGCGAGGAAAAACUAUUUAGUAUGGACAUAUUUUGUAUGGUGUAUUUUGAUUGGUUUGUUCGACCUACGAAUUGACGGUACCGAUUCUUCAAUAAAACUCGGCACGUGUGUUAACGAAGAAAGUGAAGAUGGCUUUUGCGACAGUAAUGAUGAAAACAAGUAUCUUGAAAAUAACGAAAAUUUGCAUGCGGAAGAAACUAAGGGAUCAACAUUACUGGGACAAGAAGAAAUAACGACUUUUAUCGAGAAACAGUCUGUAAAGGACAACAUAUCUGAAAGUGAAGUUAAUAAAUCAUUAUCGGGAAGCGAAGAUAAACAAACAGACAUCGCUGACAAUUCGACCAAUGAUUGGCUCGGACUACGUAUUCCGGUUGUUGAUGGAGUUGAGGUAAGUACUAAAUCAGCAUUUUAUGUAAUUACUUCUUCUAGACGAAAAUUUUGUUAUCCAAGUAGCUAAGCUACGUACAUUAUCCAUGCAACCUAUUUAAGACGGACAUCCCCUUUACACGGAGUCUUCAGACGACAUAUAUAUAUAAACAUGCGCAGUGCAUGUAUGACCACUGUUAUGACAUUUUCGUAAAAUUAUAAUUACAGUAAUGAAGAUAAUGAUGUCAUCGUGUCCUCAGAACUGUAUUUAAGCCGCAUUUUUUCCUAUCUUUAAACAGGUUGGUCAUGUUCAAGAAGUUGAAAUUCUUCCGGGAGUCAAACGGCAGAUGAAAACACUGAGCAUGCGUCCACUGGUAUUCGGUAAGAUGGAAAAACAAGAAGUGACGUACUUGAAUUUUACAAAAGUAAACCGAAGUUAAUACUCUGGUAAUUAACACAUUAAAGCACGAUAUUCUUCGCCCUAUUUUCAAUACAUUUUCGGGGAUCACUUCCUUUAUUGUUGUGACCUUCAUGGAAUGUUUAAAAAAACGAGUAGCAUUGUUGAAAGUUAAGCAGGAGAAUUUUUGGACUUUAUAAAACACGGUUUUUGCCAAAUAAACAGGUUCAAAAAUGUCCUUGAAGUAUUAUUUCCUAUAGAAUUGUAAAAUCCAGUGUACACCGGUCUAUUUCUCUUUUUAAAAUGUGUUAAUUGGAAACUGUCAAACAAAGGCAGCGUUCUCAAGAGCAGUUGUACAAAUGAAUUCUGAAACUGAAGNGUACUUGAAUUUUACAAAAGUAAACCGAAGUUAAUACUCUGGUAAUUAACACAUUAAAGCACGAUAUUCUUCGCCCUAUUUUCAAUACAUUUUCGGGGAUCACUUCCUUUAUUGUUGUGACCUUCAUGGAAUGUUUAAAAAAACGAGUAGCAUUGUUGAAAGUUAAGCAGGAGAAUUUUUGGACUUUAUAAAACACGGUUUUUGCCAAAUAAACAGGUUCAAAAAUGUCCUUGAAGUAUUAUUUCCUAUAGAAUUGUAAAAUCCAGUGUACACCGGUCUAUUUCUCUUUUUAAAAUGUGUUAAUUGGAAACUGUCAAACAAAGGCAGCGUUCUCAAGAGCAGUUGUACAAAUGAAUUCUGAAACUGAAGUUCCGAAGGUCUACUUGCCUUUAAAUACGAUGCCACAACCCAAAAGAAAUUUCAGAAGUUAAUAAUCGUGAAAGAGGGAAACAUCGAACGAGGAGACACACUAAAGCUAACUGCACAAACACAUAAAGGACAGUGAUAACUUUUACGAAUCUCCAAUUGGUAAGAAUUGUUUGUGACUCAUUUCGCUGACUCUUUCUUGGCUCGUAAAACAAUAGUACCUUGAAAUAAACUGGUUGUGGUGUUUUCUCGACUAAAAAUCUUUAUUUUUUAUUGUAAAUAAGCCCUGACCGGACCAUUGCUUUAUUAGUUCGUUUAAGGCUGAACAUCUUUUUGGCUUCUGCAGAUAUUUUGAUGAAUUUUUGACUUUAUCAUUUAUUUGCAAAUUAGAAUAACCAUUUUAUGAUAAAAUUUAAUGUUCAUUACUAUUCUUCAAUGGUUAUCAACCUAAUCAGCAUUCCAUUGUUUCAGUCAUUCAACCUCAUACAAUUUCCCCCGAGGCUUAAUUCAAAUCCUUCUUAUCCUCUGACUUUUCAGAUGAAUUUUAGCACGUAAGAAAUAAGGUCAGUGAUUCAACCCUUGCAUUCAACAGGACAAUAUACUGACUAUUUAUCAGUUGUUGAAGUGUUCUAAUCAGUAAGUUUUUAAGAAGAAAUUAGACGCUGGGCACGUUUAGUGGUUAAGGUUACAGAAAAUUCGAUUAUCCAAUUAAACUAUUUUCGAGGAGGACGGUGCGUGGACAACUACAAGUAACAUCCUAGAGUUCUCUGAGGCAGUCCCUGCUGCAAAAAUUAACUUUUAUUUCUUAUUCUCCAGAGAUUCCUGAUUUUCUCGAUGCUGACGAAUGUGAACUUAUCAUAGCACUUGCUGAGAAUAAAAGGCUUAGAGAUAAUCCUAAAAGAACGGAUAGUAGAGGAAUCUUAUAUGAGGAUCCUGUUAACACUUUCAAGUUGUGGGACUUAAAUGGAGAUAAUUACAUUGACACAGAAGAGGUUAGUGGAACUGUACACCCUCUUAAAUCAAAAAUUAUCUUCGUAAGUGUUUACUGUUGCUUGUUGAAUCCACUGCAAUCAUCAGUCGUUUCCAAGAACAAGUUUUCCCAUUUCACUUUUUCUGUCUCUUUUCCGGACCUAUAGAUCGUCAGAGAUUUGUGCAGAAACAUCCCUACCAACCAAGAGCGGUAUUUGAGUAAAUUUUUUGGAAUAUGAGGCGGGCUGCUCCUCCUUGGACACACUUCCAUGAGCUCGAAGUUUAUAUAUAUUUCUUCAGGCCCGAAAUUGGGAAGAUGGGAUGGGAGGGGAGUUAGUUUGUGCUCUUGCAAGGAAAAGAGAGACUGUUUCAUGCUCCACCUACUUAUGAAACACUUUCAGUGAAUGCGCACACUCCGUUGCACAUAUAUAUUUUUUCAAUUACAGAUCGUUCUGAUUCCUGGAAAAAUGGAUCUCAAGUUUACGGAGAUAAACGCCACUGAAAUGUAUGUCGUCAACUUAAAAUCCCACUUUUCACUCUUUUGGUCUCUAUUCAUACUCGAUUAUGCCCAGAAUGCGGCUUAUUGGAUACCUACUAGACUGUACUGUAAUAGCCGACGUCUAAAGUUGCUAAUGAAAAUUAUUAUGGCUUUAAUCAAAGCUGUAAUGUUGGUGAGCAACUCAUAUUUUCACUAAGUACAUGCAGUUUCUGUAAAAUACGUGAAUAUGCUAGUCGAGGCUUUUGCCUUCGCGCCUCACUGGUUUGUUGUAAUUUUGCACUGAGUGGCUUUUCUUUGAUUGUGAAUUGACAGGAUGAAGUCAUUAGAAAUGGAUAAAGACGACAACGGUUUGUAAACUUUUCCUGUUUCAUAACAUUGUCUUUGUGUCAUAACUGGUCACAUUUUAUCCCGGUUUCCUAAGCAUGAAACGAUUUUGGAUAUUUCUAUCUGCACCCCGGAAAGGAUGCUAGUCCACCCUUCGGUUACCCCCACCGUGAGAGUUAUAUGUCUCACCCAACAACUCAACGAAAGACCCUUUCAAGGGCUAAGCACGGAGACUCUCGAUUUGAACUCCAAACCGCUAACCGUUAGGUCAUCUCGCCUCUUAUUGGUUUACCUCGAGUCUGAUUCAUCAUAUUUUAUCGUCAUCAUCACCACCAUGAUCACUAAUUCAUCAUUUUUUUCAUGAGUAACCAAAUCUUGCUUGGAUAUUGUUUAAAAUCAGGGAAAAUUGACUUGACUGAGUUCAAGAGCAUAGAACUUGAGAGGAUGCAAGAAUACAUAGCGGCUCUUUUGAAUGAUUCUUCAUUAAGGCGAAUAGCCAGCAGCAAGAUUUCAUGGUUAUGGCACGAUGAAGAUGAACUGCUAAGAUAUCAGCCGGAAUUACUUGACGGAUUUCACGAACGGUACGUGCACACUACAACAGGCACCUUGAAGUGCUCCCUUCCAUUCGUAAUUCCUUUUCUUUGACCUUAUUAAAGGCGGACACCCAGUCCCUAGGAUGGAUUCUUUGGUGUCCGUCCAACCGGGGCGUCCAACUUCAACAGAGUUGACUGUACGCCUGUAUUUGACAUUAUUAGGGUUUGUAUAAAGAGAUUGCUUUGUGUUAAACUUGCUCCCACUUAGUUUCUAAUGGUAAAUUCCAUUUUCCUUCUAGCCUACAAGCAAUUACCAAGAUACCAAAGGAGAUAUUACAAGAAAGUGAACCAAUGCAGGCAAGAAUAUGGCUUUACUAAGCGUACUUCAGAGAUACCAAUUAAAAUUUCUUCACUAUAUUUAUCCCAGUCUUAACUUAUGUUCUGGUUUGGGUCAGCCCUCGCAAGGUGAUUUCGAGGGGUUCGGAGACACCUAAGACCUCCCAAGAAAUAAACGGCAGGCUAAAGGUUUUUUUUUAAUUACCCAAUAGAGUUUAAUAUGUGCCCUUAUUCACCUAUUAUCAUCUGAUCCCAGAAACGAAAACAAUACUGUCUGACGGAUAAUACUGAAUUAAAUAAAUUCAAUUUUAGGUGUCACAAUACGAAGAAGGUAGUUAUCAAUAUUGUCAGCAAGACAGCGAGCCUACAAUUAAAGGAGUCCCGUGCUGUCUCUAUGGCGACAUGAAUCAAUGCAGAAUAUGCAGGUAUCUCAUUAAUCUUAGAAAAGAAUAUUUCUAUAAAUAACAGGAAAAUAAAUCAGUAAUUUUAUGAUAUAAUAAAUAGAUUUAUACCACUACAUGAGAAAUUUCUGCAAUUUGAUUGGCUUAUAGCAGUGGUAUUUCAGCUUAAUUUGAAAUACCCACAUGUGAAAAUUACAAACCUUUUGCGGGUAGUAGUAUAAACAAAUAAUAGCAUGAUUGGUAAGUGAUAUUUGGCAUAAAUACCACUCAUGAUAUUUCAAAAUUGUCUCAAAUUUUACUCGCCUAACGACUCGUGAAAUUACGUUUAACAAUUUGGAAAUAUCACUCGUGGUAUUUAUGCCAAACGUCACUACAAAUCAUACUAUUACCUAUACUAAUACAAACUAUAACCCUGAUUUAUUUUCAUUAAAAUAAAUCAUAAAAUAAAAUAAAAUGUUUUUUUUAUUAUAAUGACUAAACUUUCAUGUCUAUUUAUAUUAUUUUGGAAGGUUUAUAACAGUAACAUAUUUUUUAACUGAUGUUGACGAUGGAGGGGAAGUUGUUGUACCACUUGCCAACAACAAGUUUGAGGUAAUUUCCUCCUAGUUAUGUGUAUACGGACUGGUAUGCAUUUCAAAUAUGUUGAAGGCUUUAUUUCACGUGUACAUCGUGAAACUAAACUUGGUUUUUAUGACUGGUGUUCGCUUUAUGUGUGCUAGUAAUAUCGUGAUUGCCAUGGUUUCUAGUUUCGAUUUUAAGAAUCGUUUAAAGACUUACCUUUUUAAAAUGGCUUUUUACUUAUAACUAUUUUUUUUCUCUACAUCUUAACCUUUAAACUUUUUAAUUGUUUAUACUUAUUUAUACUUUUACACUUUUGUAUGAUAUACUUUUUAUUUUUUUAUAUUUUGUAUCACCUUUCAUAUUUUUGCAAAUAGUGAUGAUGGCGCUAUAUAAAUGUAUUAUUAUUAUUAUUAUUAUCAUUAUUAUUAUCAUUAUUAUUGAUUAUGCGAUUUUUGACCCAAUUUCAUGCAUGAUCAAUCCGAGAAGUAAUCUAAAUGCAAUAUUGACUCGCACCUAUACGUUUUCUCUAGCUUGGCCCCGGCUACACAUAUUUACUGUCAGUUUCUAAAGUUUUGCCUGUCCUGUUGUGACAGACUGAAGUAAUAACUUUGAGUUUGGUUCUACUUCAUUCAGUAGGACGAUCUCUAAUCUACCUUUUUAAUAAGAACCUUCUCUUAUUUUUUAGGAAGACGUUAUGAAUAAUUCAGGAAACUGGACGGGUUUCUUUACUUACGCCAAGACCACUGGAGGUCGCAACUCUUUCAAGGUUGACAUCAAGUUUGAAGUCGACGGAGCUAACAAGAUUCUUGUCGGUAAAGGUCAUGAUGCAAGCGGUGCAUUCGAGUUAAUUGACAGUUUAGUGACAGGGGACAUUGUUCGAUUUCGUAAAAAGUACCUUAAUCAGGAGAAUAAUGGUGUGCUGAUUAAAUAUGCCGGAAGAUUAAAGGGUAAUGCUCAGAUAGAAGGAAAAUGGUGGAUUCCAGGCGAGAAGAAAAUUCAUGGAUUUUUCUUCAUGCGUUAUGAGGCCUAUGAGGUAUGCUCGAGAUCAAAAUCUCAAUUUUUCGUCAAUUCUGGUCUGUUUAUUAAUUCCACUUUUUAGUCCCUUCAGUGAGGUCAAUCAUCAAGCCAAGGUGUGGCUAAUUUUCAGUGCAAUAGAAAUAGGAAGACACGCACUAGACGUCCCUUAUUUCGGAAUCCUGUUUUUUGUUCCUUAAACUUGUUUCGGAUGUCACCUAAUUAAAUGAAGAUAACAUUUUCCCCUAAAAACGAAUGGACGAACGUAUUUAGUUAUCAACAUCACUUUCCUAUAUAAUUCCUGUGCUGGUUUGUAGCUGACGUAACGGCUGACGUCACGCAACUGACGGCAUGGCGGCCAUGUUGGUCUACAAGAACAAAAGAACUCUUUUUUCAUGCAACUUCUCCGAAAAAAAAAGUUAUUGCUCUGUCAAUCAAUAUGGCCUCCUCGUCACGUGGUUGAAAACCAAGAAAAAUGACGAACUUAUGGUCUCGACUUAUCUUUUUGUUUCAUUUACGUUACAGAGAUGGAUGAAUGAUGCGCUAGGAAAAUGCAACUCGUAUGAAUAUUGCUCAAAGGGAAAUCUAGUUAUUAAACCUCAAAGAGGCAAGGCUAUUAUGUGGUAUAACCACGUGAUCAAUGACGAAGGCAACUGGAUUGGAGGCUUAGAUAACAGGAUGCAUUAUGGGCAUUGUGACGUAAGUAGUGGAGAAAAGUGGAUAGCUACAAAUUGGAUUAACGUAGAUGGCGAGGGAGACAUGGAAUUACGAGCUUGGAGAAAGGGAAGCAAUCUUUUAUCGGUUGCUAGAAGGCACGGAAAUGAGAAUAUACUACAAAGAAUGCAAAAAAGUAGAGACAGAAGUCAUACCGACGUCAUCGAAGAAGAAAUGCAAAGUGAUAUGGAAAACACUGAGGAAUGGACGUUUCAUGAUUCUCAUCCAAAGGAACGACAUGUUCUUAACGCUGUGACGUCCCUUUUAGAAACCCUUAAGGAGGAUGAACUGCGGAGUGUAUCUAAAAAAGUGCACGAGAAACUUGAGAUGUUGUGUGUUCCUCUGGUGCUAAACCAAGGAGGAAAAAUUUCCUUAGUAGAUGGUAGUAAGGCAGAUUGAUUAAAUGUUUAGAAAAUGCAGCUAAAAUGUACAGUUUCUAGUCAUAUUUAUCUUGAAAUUUCAACUUCCAAAAGUAGUUAUUAAAAAGUUAUGUAUCUCGUAUAAUUAAGAUUACAACAAAUUAAAAACUGUGGCAAAACUGUAAAUAUAUUUUCUGUAAUAUUUUGCAUAUUUUGGUAUAACUAUUUUAUUAUUUCAGUAAUUGCAAUUACUUUUGGACGCAUGAAAUAAAACCUGUUUUCAUGACAAAUUAAAUUUUUUUUCUGAAAAUGUUGUUGUAUUUUAGUAUAUUUAAUUUCAUAUAUGUACAUGUAAUGUUACUGAAGCCUGAACUGUGAUAUUGCGCUUUCAAGGGAGCCGUCACGAUUUUCGGUUUUUGAUACCUCUGAUGGUUGACAAGAGACCAUGGGAGGGUUUAGCCAAUCGCAUAAAAGCAGUGCAGUAACAAAGCAAAAGUACUCUUCACGGUACAGUGGACUGAAAAUGGUUCCACUUUGUGAAAAGUGAAGAGAUUGCAAUGGUAGUUUUCUGACUCCGUUAUUUUAAUUUCUUAGCAUGCAUGCGCGCAGGACCGACGUUAUAUUACAUCAAAAUAACCUUUUAAAGUGCUAGCCUUAAUUUUAAUUGAGUUAAUUGCAUUUAAGAAGAUGAAAACAAACGAAAACAAAAGCGAAAUGACGACGAGAUAUUUCUCAUAUUUAUCUGGGUCAUUGCAAAUUUUAAUUUUUUUUUUUAGGCAAAUAUGUAAAAAAAAAUUUUCGUUUGCUCACAAAUGUCGGCCGUGAUUAGAGAGGCUAGAUUCAAAUAUCAAGCUGUAAAGCUCAGUCACCGAGGUUCAUGGCUUGUGCCAAUUAGAAACCGAGAAACACUGGACAAGAGUUUGAGCAGCUGAGUGCCAGGUACUUGCUGCCCACCUGUUGAAAGUGGAUGAAUAAAUUAUCAGCGGAAUAAAUUAACUUUAAGCCAUGGCAGAUGUUCAAGAAUGAUUCAACUGCACAGUGAUUUCUUCAAAACCGGAAAAUUUUAUUAUCUAUUUAAUCAUUAGGUGUUUUCCCGCAUAUUAUGGGAACGUGGGUUCAUCAUGUUCUGAUAGUGAUCUACUCCCUAAUUACGUUUCACGGAGAUCAUGUGGUUAAAUCAAAGCAAUUUGGUGAUGGUCAAAUCAAUCAGUGUCACGACAGAAACGGAGACUGCUGGACUGAGCGAACUAAGAGUCAAUUUUUUCUGGGAUUACCUCGACUAGAUGCAGUAAAGGUAAUGAAUUUUUUCUUUUUCGUAUUUUAUAGACAGCGAGAAUUAUAUACCUGUAUACCAAUCCAGAUGCUUAGCUUGGAAAAAUAUGUAACACUUGUGUCUUGACUCUCUUGCUUUCUACUUGCUUCUCAGUUUGCACUGGCAAAGGAUAAAAUGGGAGCAUUUCUUUGGGUAACACCUUCAGGAAAUGCAAAGGGUCAGCUUUCAGUACUAAAAACUUGGCGUUGCCCGCGUAUUUUAGCAGCUAUUACUGGAAUGCUAGAGCUUAUUAAGAGAGUAGCUUCACAUCAGCUGUUAUUAUUUCAAUCAGCAGCCUAAGUGCUUUUUUUGUGAUCUUCGCUAAAAGUUAUGAUAGUUGUAGGCUUGUCAUGGUACAAGAAAAAAUCAUCGAUGCCCUAUAUAUAGCCGUUCAAAAUCCAUGGGACCAUAGCUAAGAACAACUACUCUUACCUUUAAUUCUUUGGACAAAAGUGAACUUAAACGAUUCAAGCGGGACACAAUGUAGAGUUCCAGUUGGAUUUAUUUAUUAUUGUUGUUAUUUUUAAACAGUUAAUAAAACGAGUUUCUUUCUUAAAACUGAAUAGAACGGAUUUUAUUAAAUAGUCUGUUACAAUUAGACCUGCACCUCGUCCUAAAGGAACGUGUGCUAGGAACUUAAGAACUGUGUUUUGGGACAAAACGAAGACUAAAUUUUGAAGUAAUUAGAUCAGUUACAUGCACAGUUGUCAUAUUUACUGUUUAUGCACGGAGCCAUGAGCAUUUUCCCACGCCUGAGCAACUUAAAUAAAUUAGAUUCAUUGCAUAGCAUAGUGAUAUGAACAGCUAUUCCGGGUUAAUAACUCUACUGUCAUGACAUAUUGAGAAGUCAGUAAGUAACCGUUCCAAAUAAACAAGAAAGUUAAACUAAAGUGUGUAAAAGAAUUUUCACCAACGGGGGGUAAUACAAAAAUACUCAAUGUAGAGAGAACACAGCUAUAUCUGUCUUUAAGCCAAAAAUUAGACUGCAAAACAGUCCGUGUAUUUUUGCGUAUUCAAGUACGCCCGAGCAGUCAAACAAAAGGUCUGGAACGAGGCUGAAAACAGAGAGCGAGACUGGGAAGAGUGUGAGGCUUGCGCGCUUCGCGUGCGCAAGACUCUUACUCCACGCUUUACCGAUUUCUUUACUGAUUUUGGGAAAAAAAAACGACUGUUCUGCAGUCUAGCCAAAAAUGUCCGUAGAUCGCUCUUUGCCACUGCAAAACUGAAGGAAAGAAAGAAUGGACUAGGCGUCUGUUCAAGUUUUUGGAAGGUAAAUUUUUAAGACUAUAAAUUAUUGAGACAAUGUCGUCCAAUAGAGUAUAUUUAGAAAAACAAAAUAAUCUCUAUCACUUUCCCCCUUCCAACUUAUCCACGAUUGGUUGUUUAUUGAUUCCUCAGCGGACAACAAGACAAUAUUUUAUAAAAUCGUUAGGAAUUUCGUCCAUUUUAUGGAUAUGUCUUUAUAUUAAAAGAAAAUUUCUCAAUUAUUCUAGGUGGGUUACACUCAAGAAAUGGAAUUGACAAAAGGUAGCAUUCACUCUGUGAAGACUCUUAGUUUACAGCCACCAGUGUUUGGUACGUGAGUACUCUUAGCUGUCCUUAAACAAAAAUACAAUUGACCAAUAGACACCCUUGGCAUGCGAAAAAGGUGUUCGUAACUGGAGUUGGCCUCUUACAGGAAUGAAAAAUACAGAGUUUGUUUGGGAGUUGAGAAAAACGGGGUUUUGUGAAGGUGGCUGCAAGUAGAGCUGUCCGCUUACGAGAGUGUCUGGAGAACUUCCACUGUAUUAUUGAUUCCUUUUAAUAGUAUCAUACACGGUUUUCUUUGUUUCAAAUUUACGUUCGACAGAAAUCCCAAACUUCUUCACGGAUGAGGAAUGUGAAAUGAUUAUAGAUUUGGCUCAAGAAAAAGGUCUGAAAGAUAGUCCUCUGACCCCAGAUACUAACAACAUCGAUGAUAAAGAUUCCAUUGAUAGCGUAUUAAAGGCAUGGGACAGAAAUGAAGAUGGAUUUGUUGACAAGGAUGAGGUAAGAUUCCUAACUUUACUUUGGUUUUUUUCUUUUUGGUAGACGCUGGGUGGUUAUGGUAUUAAUUCAAGUUUCACUCGUGUUUAACAAAUAGUAUGACACAAAUACUCAAGUUUUUUCGAACCUCAUGUUAAGAAAGAACUAUAACUUUUCCUGCUAUUGUAUUCCACUUUACUGAACAGGCUCUUUAUCAACCUGGUAAACGAAACGUUUACAUGACAGAAGAAGACGUGCUAGAAAUGUAAGUUUUUUUGAGUUCCUACCGAUUUAGAAACAAAACGUUCUUUUUAUGUUUUGUUAUUUUUCUCCUAUUUCUGAUUUAUUGCAAUGUUUCAUUUUAGGUUUAAAGCCCUAAACCUUGAUCAAGAUAAAGAUGGUAUGUAGUUAGAUGAUCCUCCUCCUCCUCCUCCUUUUUCUUCUUCUUCUUCUUCUUCUUCUUCUUCUUCUUCUUCUUCGUAUUAUUAUUAUUAUUAUUAUUAUUAUUAUUAUUAUCAUUAUUAUUAUUAUUAUUAUUUUCUCACUCUUUUACUUUACUUCAGUUAGUGGAACUGUUCCCAGGUGAAUUGACCUAAAAAGAGCUACAAAGGUUCUGAUUUUCAACUCUUUCGAGGUGGCCAAUUUCUCUUUGCUAUGAUCUUUUUUCACACCAUCUGAUUUAUGCAACGCUAAAUAGAUUUUAUAACAAACCUAUAGGAAGAGUUCCGUUAAAGAACUUAGACCACACUUCAUUGGAAAAUAUCCACGCUUAUAUUGACAAGGAAGUAGCAAAGAAGCCGCGCAUGCGCGUUCAAAACAGUGAACAAGUUUGGUUAUGGCACGAUGAUGACGAACUUCUGCAGUACGAAGGUCUGCUUGAAGACUAUCACGAGAGGUAGAUUAAAGUUAUUUCAAUGUUUGCAACAGUUCAUUUUUGUCUGUUUAUUCAGAAAAGAACAAAUUCAAACAAAUAGACAGCUAAAAUGCAGAUUUUACUGUUUUAAGAAACGCUUUCUUUAAUUUUUCAGAAUUGAGCAACUUACCAAACUACUAAAGCCAAUCCUACAGCAAAGCGAGCCACUGCAGGUAAGUUAAAGGGAUAUCUUCACGGUAGACUAGCAAUUUUAGUUUUCCAUCGGCAGAAACUUCCCAUAUACAGUUCAAAGAUGGAGAUUUUUGUAGACUCGAUAGAUUCAUAGACUCGAUUUCGAGUUGGGAUUAUUUCCCUCGACCUUUCCUGUUUCCUGAAUGAAAGAGGUUAAUCUCUUUUGUCUUAUGCCCAAGGUGGUACGUUACAAAGAAGGAAGUCAUUAUCACUGUCACCAUGACAGCGAAGAAAUCGCGCAUGACAAACCUUGUUGCUUGUAUGGCUCUAAAGAUUGCAGGCUCUGCCGGUAAGUAAAUUACACGCCACAUAUCCAAAAAAAACAGCUUUACAAUUUCUAGCAGGGUAUUUUCAUGAUAGUGUUACUUUUUAACUGUCAGAUAUCUGACGAUCAUGGUUUUUCUAAAUGAUGUCGAAGAAGGAGGAGAAUGUGCAUUUCCCAUUGCUGAUAACAAAACUUUCAGUUGGAAGGUAUGACCAAGUAAAAAAAUCAUUACGUCCAGAAACUAUGACAAUACUGCCUGUAGCAUUAUUUUAACUUAGGUCAAAUGUAAUCAUGUUAGGAUUGCAGCUUAAUUAAAAAAAAAAUCAGAAUUCUUUUCGUUUUUGCUUUCUGAUUUAAAUUUGUCAAUCCCGCUGAGGUUUAAAAAACAAUUGCCCUAAUUUACCCAAGUAAUCAACAAACUGAAGGAUUCUGGUAGUUGUAGUAAGAUGAUGUCAUCGUGCAAUUAUCCUAUUAGUUCUCCUUUUUUGGCUAUUUUGAGAUGUAGAGUAAGACUGGGUCGCAGUUGUGCCGCGUUGCAUGUGAAACUGCUGUGGGGAUGCCAAAACGUCUUUCAUUGGCUACUACAAAGUUACACCGGAAGCUGGGUCAAUCAAAACAGCACUAGGAUGCAAUUCCACGCAACGCAGAGCGUUUUCGCAUGACGUCACAUCCGCCAUAUUCGUGUUCCAAAACAAUGAAAUUGCAGCCAUGUUGGUCUCCCAAACCAGCGUUAUUGUUCCAAUAAAUUUGCAUAGCCGCUGGUCACGUGACUGAAAACGCUCUAAAUAAACUGAAAGAGUUAAAAGAUGAGAACAUAUUUUAUCUUUUUCUCUGUUCAUAGGAGUGGUCAAAGCAAUCACCGCAUAGAUGUAACAUGGUAACGAACUGCGCUGAGUCUAACUUAGUUAUCAAACCUCAGAGAGGCAAGGCAUUAAUGUGGUACAAUCAUAAGCUACGUGGUUCACAGGGAUGGUUCGGUGAUUUAGACCCGCUGUCAUAUCAGGGAAGCUGUGAAGUCAAGAAAAGUGAAAAAUGGGUCGCGAAGAUUUGGGUCAACAUUAACGGCGAUGGAAGGAAGGAAUUACGUGCNUCUAACUUAGUUAUCAAACCUCAGAGAGGCAAGGCAUUAAUGUGGUACAAUCAUAAGCUACGUGGUUCACAGGGAUGGUUCGGUGAUUUAGACCCGCUGUCAUAUCAGGGAAGCUGUGAAGUCAAGAAAAGUGAAAAAUGGGUCGCGAAGAUUUGGGUCAACAUUAACGGCGAUGGAAGGAAGGAAUUACGUGCGUGGAAAAUGGGCCACAACUGGCUGGCAGAAAAUAAUCGUAAUGAAGAGAUUAUGAAUAUGUUGCAGACAGAAGUUGUAGAAGAAACAGUGGCUGAAAAUAGAUAUACGAAACAUAAAAAUGUGGAGGUUAAUGACGGAGUAAAAUUUGAUUUAGUUGGUCAUCCUAACGUCAAAGGGGAAAGCUCUUGGGAAGAAAAUACUGAUGCUAAGGAGGACAGUGGCAAAUAUUAUACUCAAAAUAAACUGCAAUUAACUGAGGAAUCUUUAAAAGAUUCUUCCAAGGCCACCCCUGAGGGGCCAAAAUUAUCAAGAACUGAAACAUCUUCCCCUCUUCCACUAACGGAAGAGCAAAUGACUCUUAAAGGGCCUCCAGUAGGCCAGUUACCCACUCAAGGAUUUGAAGGCAGUCGCAUUGUGCAGUCUAUAAUGCUUUUAUUGGAAGAACUUGAUCAAGUUGAACUUGAAAUUAUCGCGAGGAACUUACACACGAAACUUAAACUCGUUUGUGUCCCACUUAUUGUGAAUCCCAUGGGGCGACUUUAGCUCCAACAAAUAUUGAACGAUCGACGUUUUUAAAAUUGAAUAUAGACAACUUGUUGCUAUGGCUAAUUACAACAUUGUUUAUACCUCAUCACUUCAGGGACCAUUAUCGUAUGUCGUUGCUAGGUAACGCGGUUACUGAGCAAGUGAAAAUUGGCUUCCUUUAUUCGUUUUUCACGUGUUUUUGGAUUACCGGCCGCGCUGGUCGCGGGACUUUUUUUCGUGCCACCAGUGGUAUCGCUUCCUUGUCGUUUACGGUACUGCAUGAUUCCAGUGCAAAGUUACGGAAAGGUAUAAUUAUGAAUCAAGAGGAUUUAUCAUAUUUAUAGCGAAAAGUCUUUUACAUGUGUGUAUCGACCAAGAAGACUCGCGCUGUAAAAGGACUGUCUGAACACAAGAGCUUUUUAGUUUCUUCACCAAAUGGUCAAGUUGAAAGUUUUUCCUUUUCCAUUUCAUUUAAAACAGUUCAGGGUCGACAUCGAGUUACGUGAUGCGUGUUGCUUUCGGCGGAAGUAAACCGGGUAGUCAUUUUGUUCUUCAAAUCAAUUGAAAAAUCUGUUUCUUGAAACUUUCGCAUACUAUUUGCGAAAUUUCAAAAAAACGGGCAAAUUAUGUCGGAGUGUUGCUUGCGGAACACAAUAUUCCAUUCUCCUUUCUAAAUGAAAUAACCAUCACGAUAGUACUAAAUAUUUCAAGCCAAAAUGUACAUUUUUUUAAGGAAAACACGAUUUCCUGCAUUUGGUCACGUGACACUGGGUGUGUCCUGAUGACGUUACAAGGAGAGGCAACCGCUUCCUUUUAGGGAUAGCCGGAGUUCGCCCCUCCCUGCAUUGCCCUCUAAACUCUCCUCACCCCUAACCCCUAUGGAAGGCCUGUGGCCAAGUGACAUCGAUUGUGUCUUUAUGAAGUCACAAAUCAAACCAAAUCAAAUCAAAUCACUGGUUUAUUGUCCCUUUUGCAGUCAGAAGACUGAAUUGUAGGAUACCUUACAAGCUGUGAUAUAUAUACUAAUACGCCACGUUUAUUGACAAGAUUGAUAUUGAACACUAACGAAAUUUGAGAAACGUUCAGUCCUUAUGGCCAUAGGCCUGCUAGAACUCCCUGAUCUUAGACACACACUGAUAGAUAUAGGUACUAGUCUGUUGCGUAUUAGUGAGUAAAAUGGGUUACCUGGCCGAACCUUACCAAGCAAAAGUACCGGUCCCUUUUAAGGAUAGCCUGAGCACCCCCUCCCCCUCCCCCUCCCCCUCCCCCUUUCCCGCAUUGCCAUCUAAAAUCUCUUCCCCCUAAUCCUUAUAGAAGGCCUGAUAGUCAGGCUAUUUUAGGGACCACCGUUUGUUUUAUUUUAAAUGUAAGGACCUGGAAAAAGGAAAAUUAAACAUUUGAGCCAGGCAAAACAUUCUUAUCAACUUCAAAGCUGUUGCAAAUCCAUUUUUUCGCUUUAUGAAAUUAAAUUAUAAAUUAUGAUGAAACAAAAGUACAGCAUGUUAUAGAUAGUGUCUAUGGUACAAUGAUGGUCCUAUUUCUACUCUCUGAAUGUAAUUACUAUUUAUGAUAUUAUUCAUGUGGUGAAGUAUAAAUUUAAAUAAUUGUACAACCCCUGACUAAGAAAGUGGAUUAUCCUCGGCCAAGUAGAAAGCGAUCCAGUUAAGACUUGGUUUAACGUUUCAGCCAUCUGAGCCUUUGUCUGCGGUGUUAAAAUAGCACACAUCUUUUUGCCAGUUCGUGAAUUUUUCAGUGACCACAUGUCUGCUCACUUUGUCAAUUAUUUUCACAUGGUGCUCAUUACGUGUAGUUUCACAGAGGGAGCUGGUAAGUCGUUGGUAGUAAUCCCUGAAGAUUGUUCAAGUUUUUGUAGGAUCAUCAGCACGAGAAACAGUUCCAUAAACUUUGUAGACAGCCAUGUCAUACUUUCGUCUGCAUCGUUUCAUUUCCUCGUUUUGCUGGCGAAAAUAUUCCAACAGUUCUUCUGUGAUUCUAGUUCCCUUAGCCUGGCCAUUCUUUUCCUCCGGAAGAUCCUGGCAAUGUUUUAUGCUGGUUGGUUUUUUACUGUCGAAUGUCGUAGAAUUUGACUUUUCUUGUUGAUCAGAAUUACACGAACUCAUAACGCACUGUUUUCAGUAGAAAGAACUGAGAAAAAUGAAUAGCUAGACUGAAAAGCAGCGAAUCAGAAUUUUGAACUUUGCAGGAUUUCGAAAUCUUCGGCAUUUUUUAACACCCUCCCAAUUGAGGUGACUGACGUCGGUUUAAAGCGCGUCACUUCCGCUCAUUUCCUCUGUCUAUGUACGCUCUUUUUUUAACUAGAAAAAGAUAACAUUUGCAUUAGUUACCGCUUGAAAAUAACCUUGAGGAAAAAUCAUGGCAAGACUACGGUUUGCAGGCUAACAACCGUAACACAGAAACAAAUGAAAGCUCUUACUGUCUAAGAUCUAAAAUCCGAAAGUGGCGUAAAUCAUUUCUCAGGGAUAGCCUGAGCUCGCCCCUCCCCUCAUUGCCCUCUAAAAUCUCCUCACACCUAAACCCUAUGGAAGGCCUGUGGCCAAGUAACAUGGAGUGUGUCCUUUUAACGUCACAAAUUGAAGUACCCGUCCCUUUCAGGGAUAGCCUGAGUUCACCAUUCCCCUUAUUGCCCUCCAAAAUCGCCUCACACCUAAACCCUAUGGAAGGCCUGUGGCCAAGUGACAUCGGUUGUGUCCUGAUGACGUCACAAACAGACGUACCGGUCCCUUUUAAGGAUAACAUGAGUUCACCCCUCCCCCCAUUGCCCUCUCACCCCUCACCCCUCACCCCUAACCCCUAACCCCUAUGGAAGGCUAGAUACUCAGUCUAUUUUAGGGAUCACUGUUUGUUUAUUUUAAAUGUAAGAGCCUGGAAAAGGAAAUAACAGAAAUUCGAGCCAAACAAAACACUCUUAUCAGCUUCAAACCUAUUGCAAAUCCAUUUUUUCGCUUUAUGAAAUGAAAUUAUAAAUUUUGAUGAAAGAAAAGUACAGCAUAUCUUAGAUAGUUUCUUUGGGUCAAAUGACUGCUGGCCCUAUUUCUACUAUAUGGAUGUAAUUACCAUUUAUGAUAUUAUUUAUGUGAUUGAGUAUAAAUUUCAAUAAUUGUACGCCUCAAAACUGAGUGGAUUAUCCUCAGCCACUGUAGAAAGCGAUCCAGUUAAUUAAAAUUAAAAGACAUGGCUGAAAGGUUAAAACCUUUCAGCCAUCUUAGCCUUUGUCAGUAGUGUUAAAGUAACACACAUUUUUUCACCAGUUCGUGAACAGUUUCAGUGACUACAUAUCUGUUCACUUUGUCAAUUAUUUCACAUUGUGCUCAUUAAGUGUAGUUCCAAAGAGAGAGCUGAAAAGUCGCUAGUAGUAAUCAAGAUUGUUCAAGUUUUUGUGGGAUUAUCGGCUCAAGGAACAGUUCCAUAAACUUUGUAGACAGCCAUGUCAUACUUUCGUCUGCAUCGUUCCAUUUCCUCGUUUUGCUGGCGAAAAUAUUCUAACAGCUCGUCUGUGAUUCUGGUUCCCUUAACUUGGCCAUUCUUUUCCUCCGGAAGAUCCUGGCAAUGUUUUAUGCUGGUUGGUUUUUUACUGUCGAUUAUCUUAGUACCUGACUUUUCUUGUUGAUCAGAAUUACACGAACUCAUAACGGACAGUUUUCAGCGGAAAGAACUGAGAAACAUGAACAGCUAGACUGAAAAGCAACGAAUCAGAAUUUUGAACUUUGCAGGAUUUCGAAAUCUUCGGCAUUUUUUAACACCCUCCAAUUGAAAUGACUGACGUCGGUUUAAGGCGCGUCAUCGUCAUCCGCUCAUUUCCUCUGUCUAUGUACGCUUUUUUUUUCUUUUUCUUUUCUUUUUUUUUUGAGUAAAAAAAGUUAACAUUAGUUACAGCUUGAAAACAACCUUCAGGAAGAAUCAUUGCGAGAAUACGGUUUACAAGCUUACAACCGUAACACAGAGGCAACUGAAAGCUCUUACUUUCUAAGAUCAAAAAGCCGAAAGUGAAACCUUUGCAAUUACAAAACGUCCACGCCGCCGAACAGCUCGUAUAAUUUAUACCUUUUUUCCUUACUAUCUUGACCAGCGGUUUCUAUGACGAGUGCUACGAACUCAGCAGUUCAACUCCGAGAAGAAACUACCAUGUAACGGUUAGCAAUAUACGUGGUAAAGUUUCGCUAAAUAGGUUUAAUAGGCGCGUGUUUAUGAAAAAGAUACCGACAUUGGCAAUGUAUAAUAAAUUGCUUCAAAUUCUAUUGACUUGUCGAACCACCUUCGCCGUUUAUCUGAACAUCGUGCGACAGAAGAGUACAUUUAAUAAAGCCGGCCCUUUUUGUUCUUUUUCUUCCUUCGCGGGUACACCAGUCCUGUUUAUUGAAAAGCAACAGAAUUUGAUAUAAGACAACGUGCAUUAAGGAAUUUUUCCCAUCAGUCAACAUAGCCUGUUGUGCACUGAUCGAUCCGUUUCGCCUCUCUUACUAAUUUAAUCCUUUCACUACCUACAAUCAUAUAAUUAUAUAUAGAUCUGUAAUAAUUUUGUUCAACGUCUGAGUCUGCAGAUCAAAUCCUGUGAUGCGACCAUUUAAAUUCGACUUCUCAAAAGUUAUUUUCACAUUCCUUGAUUAAUUUGUUUUCCAAACUUCCGAAUUUCAGUUUUUUGUAUGUCUACUUUUACAUGAAGUUAUUUGAAAUGCACAACACGUGUUAUGGACUCAUAAGCUACAGCAGCGCUUACAACUGGUAACGACAAUUAUUAACUUUCAUAGUCACAGUGACCUCAAAAAUAAAGCUCGCAAAGAAGAAAUUUGAAGGAACAAGUCUUUGUUUUACAGUAAAACGUUUAUAGUCAAAAACUGCAGAUGAAAUUAUCAGCGAAAAUGGAUACUAACAAAAGUCACCAGCUUUUUAUUAAUAUAAUCAGUUACUUCUUCGUAGCUAAUCAGCUACACACUUCAAAUUGUUUCUUGGCUAGCUUUAUUUUUUCGGCCACUGUGACUUUGAAAGUUUAUAUUUUAUUUCUUCUUAGCUAAUCAACUAAACCCACAAGAUGGUAGAAAAAUGCAUGUUAUGUCAACUAAUGAGGAUGAAAUUUCGUUUAAGUAUGGCCACGAAGGAAAUAUAAAAACAGUCUUUGAGCGACUUAAACCUCGUUCCCAGAGUGCCUUUCCAAACCAUUUAAUCUUUGUUACACUGGGAAAAUGCUGCCAACCGAAUGGGGAUUGUUGAGUCCAAACCGAUAGUUUUCAAUGAAUUUAGACGCCAUUCAUUAAGAGGUCUUUAAACAAUCUAUGCACGUGGUCAUCUUUUUUGAACAAUAUUUUGAACUGAUUAAUCAAGCACUCUUUAUAGAAAUUUGAAAUGUUUCAUAGAACAGCUGUUUACAAUGAAUCCUGCUUUUGCGUCAUCGCCUCUUUCCUUUGUUCUUGUGCAGGAACCUGCCAAAAUCGCAAACAUAGACUUAAGCCACAAGCACAAAAACUUCAGUUACAGCGUGCAGUUUCAAACAAGAACUUUGGUUUUAUGUACGAGAAUGGAAAACUGGAAGUAUUUCUUUGUAUCUAGUUUCGUCUUGUUAUGUUGUUUGAGGGACGCAAAGAGUGACAAAUCGGAUAUCGAAAUUGAUAAAACUAAAUGGACUCCUAAACUGCGAGACCCAGUGAAGGUAAAAUUCUUUAUUAAGUCUGUUCCGGCAAGUUUCAGUUCAAAAUGUCGGAUUGCUGUUUGAAAUUGCAAUAGCAGCCAGCCAGCAAUUCAUUGAAGUUUCGCAGAAAAAAGUCGAGAGAAAAUAAACCGAGUGGGACUAUAGGAGGUUUGAGGACUUAUUAUAUAGGAGUUCGGUAUCACUGUGAUCUAUAAGAGUGAAAUUACCCUAGCAUAGAUAGACUCUGCAGUUAAACCGUCACUUAAAAGGGAUGUUUGGAAAUCCUCUUUAAAUCUUUUUGGUAAUUAUUUAGAUCAUGCAUGUUCGCGGAAAGGAAGACCUCUAUUUUACUGAAGAAGAUCUCCUUGACAUGUAAGUAUGAAUGACUAGUUGUAACACAGGCAGCCUAAGCGCAGUCACGCCACACCCUUGGGCUGUCUGUGGCUGGAAGACGGCAAAGAUGACUGAGCCCAAACCAUUUCUCAAAAGAUCUUGCAUCCGAUCAUUGUCGGGCUCACGCUUUUAUUUUGUUACUAGAAUUAUAUCUGCAAGAAACUCGUAAGCUAUAAACCAUCUCUGACAGUUCAAAGUUAAAAGAAUUGUUUUUCGUAUAUUUCCGCCUUUUUUCUUAAACAUCUAGCCAAGUUUUCAUUUAAUUGAAAAAAAGGCUCAAUUGGUUUGCAGUCCUUGGUUCAAUAAUUUUUGGAGAAUUUUUGGAUGAUUUUCUGAAUGUUUUCAGUGUAUAAAAAUUAGAGGGGUAAUUGAAAAAUCUUUGGAAAACUGGAAAAAUUGGAUUUGAGGGUUGUUAAAAAUUAAAAUAUGCAUUGAAUAAUUAGUAGACAAAUACUGGUUUAUGUGUAUACCUUUUGUUCCCUAAUUGAUUUCUUUUCCAAAUCAACAUAAUUUCCUCCAAAAGACACCCAGACUGUCUCCCCCCUUAAACAAAUGAAGGAUAGUUUUUCAAUUAACAGUUUAUGAUACAUAUGUUAACUCGUAGGUUUAAAGAACUUGACAUGGAUAAGGACGAUAAUGGUAAGUAGUGAAAACAGCAAUGUUGUUUUGAUCACAAACAUAGCCUUUACUUCUUGCUUCUUCACAUAAGUAGUUUACAAUAAUGAAACAUCCUUAUUUAAGUUACUAAGAAAAUAUCUUAUCUUAACUCCUGAUUGUUUUGUUCAAAAUGUCGGAUUGCUGUUUGAAAUUGCAAUAGCAGCCAGCCAGCAAUUCAUUGAAGUUUCGCAGAAAAAAGUCGAGAGAAAAUAAACCGAGUGGGACUUUUCAGGAACAAAGUAAAAUCGUCUUGCUUUUGCACGCUUGACUUCACCAGCGAACUACAAAAUUCCUGUUAUUACAGCUUUGACGGAAGAAGGAAAUGUCCUGAUAAUAUGAAAAUCAUUUUGAGACAAAUAUAUUUUCUUAUACGAAAAAGUUAAAAAAGACUAAACUAAAAAAUUCAAUCAUAGUUUUUUGGCUUGAAUAUCACGUUAUCAGCCUAGUAACUAUAUACUUAGUCUCAAUUCAUUUCAAACGACGUCUACGAGCACGUGAGAGGGUAAUCUUUUAUAAAAGCGUACCUGAUUCAAUUGUUUUUCCUUUACUAACCAGAGGAUAAAUACAUUGCUUAACGGUAAUGUUUUUUUUUUUAAAAAAAUCCUUUAAAAUAGUCUAACAGUAAUUCAUGAGUUGAAUCAUUUUACAAGAUAUUAAGGAAAGCCUCUCUCGUUUUUAAUAUCACUUACUUGCUCGUUUUCUUAGUCUGAACUGUCACACGCUGUGGGUUAGGGGUAUGUGGAACCAAAUGACAUAUCAGACUAUCAUUUUCUUGGAGAAUCUUGAUUGAAAUGAGUCUUAAAUUGCCAGCAGAAAACACAUCCUAAGUUUUUUUGUUUUCUUUGUUUGUUUGUUUUUGUUUUUGCCGUUUUGAUGCUCCCAGCUGCUUGAUCGUAAUAGUCGAUAGCCUCGUAGCCUGCGUAGCAGGCGCCUGGAAGAAAUGCAUGGGUGCAAGCGCAGGCUAGUAGCCUCGGUUCAGGCCACGUAGUGAAAGGGCAAGGAUUCCUCGCACGUUUCUCGCGUUCGUGUUCACUUUAACUCAAAAUAUGCAACAAGGUUUUUAAAGUAUUUUUUGCUUUGUUCAAUUCAUAUUUCUUAAUUCGUUAAGCUGAAUUUGUUUUGUAGAUUGGUCAUGUAGAGGAGGUGAAGGUAUUUCCAUUCCACUUCAGGAAAGUCAAAACAAUUAGCCUAAAGCCGCCGAUAUUUGGUGAGUUGCGCAAUGAAGUGGCAAGUAAAAUUUCAGCACUCUCUCGUUUUGGUACUUAUACGAGGAUAGUUUUAGCACAGAACUGAUUUCUCUCUCCAUAUUCUGAGUUCUGCAAGCCGUAGCUUGGGCGGAGAAAGAAACUAGAUCAGCUGUCUAAAAGAUAAACAAAGACCGCGAUAAAGUUGACGAUAGGUAGAAAACUAUCUUAAAUUUUCUACUGUUAACUGUCGUGUGUUCUAUAUAUAGCGGAGACAACAGGAUUCACUGAAACAAGUAAAAUUCUAAUUUUUUCCUUUAAAGAGAUUCCCGAAUUUCUUACUGAUGUGGAAUGUGACCACCUGGUGAGCUAUGCCAGACGACUUGGUUUAGAGAAGAGCCCUUUAGCAAAAUCUGAAAAAACCAUUGAUGAUGAAACUUCAGAAAGGACUUUUAAAAUUUGGGAUAAUAACCAUGAUGGAUUUAUUGAACCUGUUGAGGUACGUAAGAUUUGUAAUUUUCGACCCUAAACCUCCAGAAAAACGUUUUUUGCACAUCCAGCGCGCUCUAACACUUGUUAUUUAUUACGCUGAUUUAGCAACAGGACGGGAACGUCAGUUGACGACGGGAAAGCGCGCGGAAAGGACUAAACACGACUUCCGGUGCCCAAUUUGCCGCUCUGCUAUUGGUCAAGCCAGUUGUUUAAUUUGUGCGCGCCGUCGUUAACUGACGUUCCUGUUCUGUUGCUAAAUCAUCCUAUUGGAACCCUAUUGGCCACUUUGACCGGGUCGAGAGGGUUGCCAAAGCGCACUGUGGGACUGUUUUGGGGGACGAAUUUGCCGCCAUGUUGAAAAUGCGUCCCCCAAAACAGUCCCACAAAGCACUUUGACAACCAUCUUGAGCCGGUCUCCCGCGCAACCUCAAAGUGGUGAAUAUAUGGUCCGCGAGCAACAAGAUCUAGCGAAUCCUGUGUUCUGAUUGGCUACCCGAGCUGGCAAGAUGGGCCCAUCUUGACCGCGCGCGUUCGGGGUUUCCCGGGUUGGUCCCGCAAGGAAUAGUUUCUUUUUUGACCAUAUAAUAAUAUUCUGUAUUGACCAAGCUUGUUCGUGGCCUCCUUCAUUACCUUCAUUAUCUAGCCAUCAUCAUUGUACGUUUCUGGGAAACUGCCCACCUACCCCUCCCCUAAGCCAACAUUUUGCCCUAAGUGAGAGGUGAGUUUUAAUGUUGGCUUAGGGGAGGGGUAGGUAGGUAAUUCUCACUCUUUGAUAGUAUAAUAAAAACUAACAGGUGAGGGAUUUAUCAAAAUCAAAACAAGAAACAAUACCGAGUCGAGCCGGUUCUAAGACUAGACUCAGACUGCGAGUUUAUGAGAAAACAUUCAAGAUCUUUUCUAUAGAUGUAUUUAUCUUUUAUCAUUCCUUGCGUUUGUGUCCUUAUUUCUGUGUUUUAUCGAAUUUUAAGACACUCGCAUUAAUUUUAUUUGUUCUUCGUGAAUUAUAUAGGAGGUUUGAGGACUUAUUAUAUAGGAGUUCGGUAUCACUGUGAUCUAUAAGAGUGAAAUUACCCUAGCAUAGAUAGACUCUGCAGUUAAACCGUCACUUAAAAGGGAUGUUUGGAAAUCCUCUUUAAAUCUUUUUGGUAAUUAUUUAGAUCAUGCAUGUUCGCGGAAAGGAAGACCUCUAUUUUACUGAAGAAGAUCUCCUUGACAUGUAAGUAUGAAUGACUAGUUGUAACACAGGCAGCCUAAGCGCAGUCACGCCACACCCUUGGGCUGUCUGUGGCUGGAAGACGGCAAAGAUGACUGAGCCCAAACCAUUUCUCAAAAGAUCUUGCAUCCGAUCAUUGUCGGGCUCACGCUUUUAUUUUGUUACUAGAAUUAUAUCUGCAAGAAACUCGUAAGCUAUAAACCAUCUCUGACAGUUCAAAGUUAAAAGAAUUGUUUUUCGUAUAUUUCCGCCUUUUUUCUUAAACAUCUAGCCAAGUUUUCAUUUAAUUGAAAAAAAGGCUCAAUUGGUUUGCAGUCCUUGGUUCAAUAAUUUUUGGAGAAUUUUUGGAUGAUUUUCUGAAUGUUUUCAGUGUAUAAAAAUUAGAGGGGUAAUUGAAAAAUCUUUGGAAAACUGGAAAAAUUGGAUUUGAGGGUUGUUAAAAAUUAAAAUAUGCAUUGAAUAAUUAGUAGACAAAUACUGGUUUAUGUGUAUACCUUUUGUUCCCUAAUUGAUUUCUUUUCCAAAUCAACAUAAUUUCCUCCAAAAGACACCCAGACUGUCUCCCCCCUUAAACAAAUGAAGGAUAGUUUUUCAAUUAACAGUUUAUGAUACAUAUGUUAACUCGUAGGUUUAAAGAACUUGACAUGGAUAAGGACGAUAAUGGUAAGUAGUGAAAACAGCAAUGUUGUUUUGAUCACAAACAUAGCCUUUACUUCUUGCUUCUUCACAUAAGUAGUUUACAAUAAUGAAACAUCCUUAUUUAAGUUACUAAGAAAAUAUCUUAUCUUAACUCCUGAUUGUUUUAAAUGCUAGGAAAAAUUGAUUUCGAAGAAUUCAGCAAAGUAACGGUGCCAGUUAUGAAAGAAUACUUCGAUAAAGUACGAAGAACAAAGCCUCGACUGCGCAGCCGUAACAGUAGACAGGUCUGGAUGUUCCAUAACGAUCCUAAGUACCCAAUUCUCUCGGAUUUUCAUGGCAGGUAGGAGAAUGGUACCAAUAAGCAAGCCAGUCAAAGUUUGGUUGGCAAUGCGGUAAAAUUUAGCAGCAGCAAUGAUUACCGCAGGAAAAAAAUUGCCAGGCUUUCCAGUAUUCUAUAUUGGCUUUUUCUAAUGCACGUCGAAGAUGAAGAGAAACUUUGAUUUAGGUGAUAUUAUAGCCUUAAUUACUGGCCUGUUAAUUACUUUAUCUUACUUAUAAUUCUUUUAGGUUGUCACGGUUGACUUUUCUCCCUGAAGAGUUCAUAAACAACACAGAACCGCUUCAGGUACGUCAGAAUUUUUCAAUUCACUUGACAACGAGGUCAAUCCCUUUCCUCUUUUAAGAAAAUACUGAAGAUUAAAUUAUUGAGUAAAUAUGAACGACUUUUCGCCAUCUUUUCUUCAAUUGAUUUUAAACAGCUCUAGCCCGUAGCUCGGGCUCGGAAUAAUCUUUCAACAUGAUUUUGCAUAACAACUUGAGUCAGUUCUAUUUCUUUUACCAUAAUAAGCGGUUUUUUCCUUUCAACGUAUUACUGCUUCUACACCAGGUUGUUAAGUAUGAUGUACACGGACAUUACCACUGUCAUCACGACUCAGACGAAGUGGAUCCCACUCUUCCGUGUUGCACUUUCUCAACAGAGGAAAACUGCCGACUUUGCAGGUCAGUGGAUUUGUUUGCCAUCUUAUUAGAUGGUGUGGAUUCACUUACUGAAGUUCAAAAUGAAUUUUAAAAAAUCUCCACUCUAAACUUCACAUAAUUUCAGUGUUUUGAGCCUUUCUUGUAAAUUAUAACGAUACCUAGUCUCAAUUUCAUUUAUUUUUCCUUUCUGACGACGACAGUUAUCUCACUCUUGUCAUAAUCAUCAUCAUCAUCAUUCUAAUUGCAUUGCAUCUCCUUGAUUUAUCCGACAGAUUUGCAACAGUUUUAAUUUAUCUGAACGAACCAAAACAAGGAGGAGAAACAGCUUUUCCUUUAGCAGGAAAUGAAACCUUUUCCAUGGAGGUGGGUUUGAAAUAAUAUCACUUUCGAUGCGCAUGUGAUGUAACGAGAAUGCAGAGGGUUCAAUCAACCACAAGACCUCUGUCACAGUCUUUCCUUUCACCUAUUAAGUAGUAACGAUUAGACCUUUCCCGUACUUUGCAUUGAUUGUUAUUAUUUAAAACAACCUACGAUAGUUGUAGAUGAUCAUAAAAUCAAGUCUUUUAAGAUGUUUCUGAUCCUGCAGUGUUUGAAAUGGUAUCCUGCCUUUCAAUAAUGUCUAACUUUGGAUCGACAUUUCUUCCUCUUCCUACAAGGGAUGUUUUAUAUAUCCUAAAAUUGAAAGAAGAGUUAGCAUUUUGAUCAUACAAUAGAGAGGAGAAGUCGUCACGUCACGUUGCCAUUGUAGCAAAAUUUCUGGAUGACAACAAACCGAAAACGUCACUUAAAAAGUGAAUUCGCACUGUUUCCAACCGCAUCGAUCUUAUUCCGUUUCACUUUAUUUGUCAAAAGUUGGCGAAAUUUUCUGGGAUUUGAAUCCCAAAGGACCGUAUCUAAUUUUAGAAAAAGAAAGUUUUUGUGCUGCUUUCACCUACUCCAUAAAGCGGGCGCGUGAAAUUAGGAAGUUUCAUGUCGCAGUCUUGCAAAGACGGCUAAGAAGUGUACAAAAAAGGCGUGCUGCACGUACAAGGUUGUUGUUUUGCUUAUCUAAACCUCUUGCUUUUUUGCUGUUCUUGUUGCUGUCACCCUCGUCGUUGCUUGAGUUCCUUAUUGUUGUGAUCCAGAAAGUUUGCUACCAAGGUAACGUGAUGUCACCCUUCUCCCUAUUGCUGCUCAUUUUAGGCCUGGACGAGAGGAGAAAAUUGGAAGUGCAACCUCGCUAAGAACUGUCAUCAAAGCAACUUGAUCGUCAAACCCGAAAAAGGAAAAGCCAUCAUGUGGUAUAAUCAUCUUCUCGACGAAAAAACGGGUAAAUAUGGGUCACCUUGUGCAGCAUAA